AUGGUUCAGGAAGCUGGGAAGUAUGAAUCUCGAGAUGAGGAGCACAAGAAGAAGUUGGAGGUGAAGAAUGCUUUGGAGAAUUAUACGUAUAACAUAAGGAACACAACGAAAGAUGAGAAUCUUGGUGAGAAGUUGACUCCGGUUGAUAAGAAGAUUGAGGAUGCGAUUGAUGAGGCGAUUGUGUGGUUAGAUACGAACCACUUGGCUAAGGGAGAUGAGUUUAAGGAUAAGAUGAAGGAGCUUUUUCCCAUUUUGAAACUUUUAGGUUAG